GCAGCAACAGGGAAGAUGGCAGCUCUCACAUCUCUGACCCAGUUGUCGAGUGGGAACCCUGUAUAUGAGAACUUUUACAGACAGGUGGAUCCUGGGAACACAGGGAGGGUCGGACCAACAGAAGCUGCCUUGUUCUUAAAGAAGUCUGGGCUCCCUGACAUUACAUUGGGGAAGAUCUGGGAUUUGGCUGAUCCUGAUGGCAAAGGUUACCUGGACAAACAGGGGUUUUAUGUGGCUCUGCGGCUGGUGGCCUGUGCUCAGAGCGGACAGGAAGUCAGUUCCUCCAGCCUCAACCUCACAGUCCCUCCUCCCAAGUUUAAGGACACCAGUAGUCCAUCUCUGAGCAGCACAGCUUCUGCCUCCUCUGAACUACACUGGGCUGUCAGGCCUGAGGAAAAGAGUAAGUUUGAUGGGAUUUUUGAAAGUCUGGCUCCAGUCAACGGGCUGCUGUCAGGGGAGAAGGUCAAACCAGUCCUAAUCAACUCCAAGCUACCUCUGGACAUCCUUGGGAAGGUUUGGGACCUGAGUGACAUAGAUAAAGAUGGCCAUCUGGACAAAGAUGAGUUUGCAGUGGCCAUGCACCUGGUGUACAGGGCCCUGGAGAAGGAGCCUGUUCCUGCACUGCUCCCCUCUGCCCUCAUCCCGCCGUCUAAGAGGAAGAAGAGUCUGGGCUCAGUGGCUGGCUCUGUGCCUGGACUGCCUGCAAGCCCCCCACCACCAAAAGACUCGCUGCGCUCCACACCCUCCCAUGGCAGCAUGAACUCACUCAACAGCACUGGCAGCCUGUCGCCCAAACACACACUCAAGUCUGGACAGCAUGUGGUGAACUGGGUGGUCCCAGUGUCAGACCGUGGUCGCUAUGACGACAUCUUCCUGAAGACAGAUGCUGACCUGGAUGGUUUUGUCAGUGGACAGGAAGUAAAGGAGAUCUUCAUGCAGUCUGGACUUUCUCAGAAUGUCCUUGCCCAUAUAUGGGCUCUGGCAGACACGAGGCAGAUAGGCAAGCUGACCAGGGAGCAGUUUGCCCUCGCCAUGCAUCUCAUUCAGCAGAAAGUCAGCAAGGGCAUCGACCCUCCGCAGGCCCUCACGGCUGACAUGAUCCCCCCUUCUGAGAGAGGCACUCCUGUCCCAAGUAUGUCAGGAUACAUGACCCCAGUUGGAUCAGAGAUGGCUGCUCUGUCUGAGAUGAGACGGGACAGCUCUAGUUCAGUGGGGUCAGGGGAGUUCACUGGCAUCAAGGAGUUGGAUGACAUCAGUCAGGAAAUAACCCAGUUACAGAGGGAGAAGUACACUCUGGAGCAGGACAUCAGGGAGACAGAGGAGGCCAUCAGAUAUAAGAGUGCGGAGGUUCAGGAGAUGCAGAACGACCUGGACAGAGAGACAGCCAGCCUGCAAGAGCUGGAGGCUCAGAAACAGGAUGCCCAGGAACGCCUGGAGGAGAUGGACCAGCAGAAACACAAACUAGAAGACAUGCUCAAUGAAGUCCGCAUGAAGUGCCAGGAAGAGUCUCAGAUGAUCUCGACCCUCCAGAGUCAGAUCCACUCCCAGGAGUCAGACUUGCAGAGCCAGGAGGAAGAACUGAGCCGGGCAAAGGCCGACCUGGGCCGGCUGCAGCAGGAGGAGAACCAGCUGGAGCAGAGCCUGGCUGCAGGGAAGAUCCAACUGGAGACCAUCAUCAAGUCUCUGAAGGCCACACAGGAUGAGAUAAACCAGGCUCGCAGUAAAUUGUCCCAGAUUCAGGACAGCCAACAGGAAGUGUCUAAAAGCAUCGAGCAGUACAACAGCACCCUGAAUGGGACCCAUGGCGGCAGUAUGACCAACCUGGCUGACAUGAGUGAGGGCUUCAGUGACAGAGAGAACGGAGGAUUCCUAGCCAUGGUGAGAGCAGCACAGGAGGAUCCUUUCAAAGUGAAGCCAUCAGUGUUCAACAGCCAGCCUCAGGAGCUUCCCCCUGACCCCUUUCACUCUGAAGACCCCUUCAUCACAGACCCAUUCAAAGGUGACCCUUUCCAAAAUGACCCCUUUGCCAAGCAGCCAUCAGCAACCACAGAUCCUUUUGGAGGAGACCCUUUCAAAGAGACAGAUCCAUUCAAAGCUUCGUCAGAAGAUUUCUUCAAGAAGACCACGAAGAUGGAUCCUUUCUCCACGCCAGACCCUUUCAGUAAAAGUGCUACGUUACCUUCCAAGCAAGCCAGUCACUUCACAAGCAGUGACCCAUUCUCUUCAAGUAACCCAAAACCCAGAGGACCAGACCUGUUUGGCACGUUGGACCCGUUUGGCAGCAGCUCGUUCAGCAGCAACAGUAACAGCUCCGCUGGAUUCGCAGACUUCAGCCACAUGUCGAAGCCCAGAGACCCGUUUGAAGGCAGAGCCAGCUGGCUGCCAGACUACCAGAAGUCAGUUUUUGUGGACGACCCAUUCAGCAGGAAGAAUGACACGCCCGCUCUGCCACCGAAGAAAAGUGUUCCCCCCAGACCGAAACCACCCAGUGGUAAGAGCACACCAGUGAGCAUGCCUGGUGCAGCUGACCCUUCCAAACCAUGCGACCCCUUCCAGCCAUUUGGCAGCGACGCCAUCGACCCGUUUCAGAGUAAAAAGGGUCUGGGAGACCCGUUCAGCGGCAAAGACCCUUUUGCCCCAUCCUCAUCAAGACCUGACAAAGCUAAGUUUGGGAAUGAGGCUCAGCAGCUGGAGUGGGCGAAGCGGGAGAGUGAGCGAGCGGAGCGUGAGCGGCUGAAGCGGCUCAGACAGCAGGAGCAGGAGGACCUGGAGCUCGCCAUCGCCCUCAGCAAGGCCGAGAUGUCCAAUGCAUGACCUGGAACCCCCAGCACACACA